AUGAUUGCUCUGCUGGUUCUUUAUAUAGCAACAUUCAUGAUAACGAUCGAUAGCUGUCCUAGUGAUGGUUGGAUGCGACCGAUGGAGAAAGAUACCAAUCCUAAUUGUUGGAAAUGUGAGCCAUCACCUGAGGAAUUGAAUGCAUGUGAUAAAAAUUUCCUAAUUCAUGGAAGGAAAUGCGGUAAAUUGCAAUCAAGAUUUGUAGAACGUGAUAAUCACUGCAUUGUCGAAAUAUUGCAUUGUUAUUCGAAAUUUCAUAAUACAUAUCAAGCUAAAGCGAACUUUAUCGUUGCACGUGGUCGACUAAUCGAUCAACCUGGCAAUGAUACUUCGAUGCGCUACUUCCUGUUGAACAACCCUGUUGAAAUGAAAGAAGUCAUAAUAACAUGUACCCUAAAUGGUAUAUGGGAAGCAAUACUAUCAACUGGUAAUCGAGUGGAAGUCAAUGAGCUACAAUGUAUCACAUCCGAUCAUCAAAUAAUGAAUCAUAUCUCUCCGUAUAUUUCCUCGACAUUGAUUAAAGAAGAAGAGUAA